UAAAAAUAUAGAAAGAGGAAGAAGAAAAAAAGGCGUGAGGUUGAUAUUACAGCUCAGAGCUAAAGCUUUCGUACAACUGACACUCCUCCAAAACUUCCAAGAAAGCAUCAGAUCCCAUUCUCCGCAAUCAUCUCUCAAUUUUCAAAAAAAGCAGAUUAAAACAGAGAUUAGCGAGUGAGAGAGAGAGACAAAGAUAUAGAGCUUCUCGUGAAGCAACAGUGAAGAAAAGGAAAGUGAAUCGCCAUGGAUGAUCGCCUUCGCUUAAGCCGCAGAAUCCGCUUUCUUCUUCUUGCUUGGCUCCGUCGUUCUCGCUCCGGAAGAAUAGAGUUUAUCAGACGAUUUGGAUACAAGGAAAUAAUCAAAGCAACAGAAGGUUUCCGUAAGGUUAUUUACACCAACUAUCACGGGUCUGCAUACAGAGCUAAAUUCAAAGGUGGUGAGGUUGCUUUGGUCAAAGAACUCACUGCUCUUGAUCUUGGACGAGAAAGGUUUGAUGAGGAAGUUCAGCUUUUGGGUCGCUUACGUCACCGUCAUCUCCUUACACUUCGUGGGUUUUGCAUUGGACGAAAGAGGCUGCUAGUGUUUGACAACAUUGAAAAUGGAAGUUUAAAAGAACACCUCAAUGAUCCGCUUAAGACUCCUUUAAAUUGGAAGACUCGCAUUCAGAUAGCUAUUGGAGUCGCAGCUGCAUUAGAAUACUUGCUAGUCUUCAGCAGUAAUGAUGCACAGAUAUAUGAUGUUUCAGUGAACUCAUGUAACAUCAUGUUGGAUGAAAACUUCACCCCCAAAAUUUCAGAUAUCCGCGUCAACAGACAUCCAAAAAACCAUCCGAAAGCAACCCAUGAUUCUUGUUCUGAAGGAUCAUGUGCGGAUGAGGAAUGUGGAAACGUGAUAUUCCAACUAGGAGUGUUGAUGUUGGAGCUGAUCACAGGACAAUCAUCAGACAGACAAGGCAAUGACUUGAUCGAAUGGGUACAAGACUCGUGUAUUGCAAACUCAAUUGAUAAGAUGAUUGAUCCAGAUUUAGGUAACAACUAUAGCUCUAGAGAACUCCAGAAAGUCUUAGCCGUGGCUCGACUCUGCAUAAAAACGAGGUAUGAGCCUCCUUCAUUCUCAAUUACACAUGUAUACCGGUAUCUACAGAAGAAGAUCGAUGUUGCAACUUGAAUACUAGUUUUUUUUUUGUGAAUUGAAUUGGGUUUGAUGGUUGAAAUUGAGAUGACAUGUGGUUUAUCAUCCUUAUUUAGUCUUUUGCCUAUUUUUACACCAUUCUAGAUGUAAUAACAGCUUAUAGUGUAGUAGCAUUGUACUUGUCUUGAUAUAACUUUUGAUAUUUGUAACUGAUGGCAAUUGAUUUCUUUCUUACCUUAUUUGAAAAACAACUCUUUACCAAGUACUGGUGAGAAUCUCUAAUUCUCUAAGCUGCAAUCUAAAUGGUCGCUAGUAAGUAAUAUUGGUAUUGUCAGAACCAUAUCCUUGUACACGUCUCCUCUACUUUGAAUAGGCCUAAAAGGCAAUCCCCGACUUAUGAUUUUGGUAGAAUUUGGGACAACAAAUAGAUGGUGGGUCAGGACAAAAUCUCAAGAACUACAAGUUUAUUUCUCAAACCAAAAAAAAUGGUGUAACAAGGAUUUGAAUUAGGACGAGGUUCUUCCCACUGAAUUGGCAAAGUCUAUAAAAAGACCCAAAAAUAAUACAAUGAAAAGGAGAAAAGACAGAAGCAAAUAUUGGAGAUCACUAAGAUGCGCAUGUUGAUCACUGCUGGGCACAUUGCACACGCUGAGCACCGCCUGGGUGAUCUUCCUCAUCGUCAUCAUAAGCCUCUCUUUGAGCU